AUGGAUGAGGAUAAGCUUCCAUCUGUACUACCUGGGGAAGGUGGUGCUGCCUGGGACCCCAGCUUGGAGUCUGAGGAAGAACCAGGGGCCGAGAAUGGAAUGGCACAGAGUCAGGACCUGAACAGUAGCUACAAUAGCCCAGGGCAUGAGAUAAGGGGCACUCUGGUGGACACCGAGGAGCCUGCACAAGGCCCGAACGUGGCCCUCCGUGGCCUCAGCCUUGGCCUUUCCCUCACCAAUGGCCUAGUCCUGGGGCCAGACUCAAACAUUCUGGAAGAUUCUACACAGUCCAGGCCCUGGAGGGCUGGUGGGCUGGCAGAGGGGGAUGAUGCUUCCAGGAAUCUAUGUCUGGACACUGAGGACCCUCAGCUGGGGUCGGGUGGCCCUGGAGAGCCAGAUGUGCGGGAUGGCUUCAGUGCCACAUUCGAGAAGAUCGUGGAGUCUGAGCUGCUGCGGGGCACCCAGUACAGCAGCCUCGACUCCCUGGACGUGCUGAGCCUCACGGAUGAGAGUGACAGCUGUGUCAGCUUCGAGGCCCCCCUGACACCCCUCAUCCAGCAGCGGGCCCGUGAUAGCCCUGAGCCAGGGGCUGGCUUAGGCAAUGGGGACAUGGGGCCUGAGGGAGACAUGGGAGCAGCUGGUGGUGAUGGGGAUCUGGGCAGCCCCCUGCGGCGCUCCAUCUCCUGCAGCCGAUCAGAGAACGUCCUGAGCCGCCUGUCUCUAACUGCUGUGCCCAAUGGCUUCCAUGAAGAUGGACCCCCGGGUCCAGGUGGGGAGGAGGAGGAGGAGGAGGAGGAGGAGGAAGAGGAGGAGGACACAGACAAGUUGCUGAACUCAGCCAGUGACCCCAGCUUAAAGGAUGGCUUUUCAGACUCGGACUCAGAGCUGAGCAGCUCGGAGGGGCUGGAGCCUGGCAGCACAGACCCACUGGCCAAUGGGUGCCAGGGGGUCAGUGAAGCUGCUCGCCGGCUGGCCCGCCGCCUCUACCACCUUGAGGGCUUCCAGCGCUGUGACGUCGCCCGGCAGCUAGGCAAGAAAACCUUCCUGAAGGCUUUCCCACUGAUGGGGGAGACGCAGGAGCGUGAGCGGGUCCUUACACACUUCUCCCGCCGGUACUGCCAGUGCAACCCGGAUGACAGCACCUCGGAAGAUGGGAUCCACACGCUCACCUGUGCUCUGAUGCUGCUCAACACGGACCUGCACGGACAUAACAUUGGCAAGAAGAUGUCCUGUCAGCAAUUCAUUGCCAACUUGGACCAGCUGAAUGAUGGCCAAGACUUUGCCAAAGACCUGCUCAAGACCCUUUACAACUCCAUCAAGAAUGAAAAGCUAGAAUGGGCCAUUGAUGAGGACGAACUGAGGAAAUCACUGUCUGAGCUGGUGGAUGACAAGUUUGGGACAGGCACCAAGAAGGUGACACGGAUCCUGGAUGGUGGCAACCCCUUCCUGGAUGUUCCACAGGCUCUCAGCGCUACCACCUACAAGCAUGGCGUGCUGACUCGAAAGACUCACGCCGACAUGGAUGGCAAGAGGACACCCCGUGGGAGGCGUGGCUGGAAGAAAUUCUACGCGGUGCUCAAAGGGACCAUCCUGUACCUGCAGAAGGAUGAGUACAGGCCUGACAAAGCUCUGUCUGAGGGUGACUUGAAGAAUGCCAUUCGUGUGCACCAUGCUCUGGCCACCAGGGCCUCCGACUACAGCAAGAAGUCCAAUGUGCUCAAGCUGAAGACAGCUGACUGGAGGGUCUUCCUCUUCCAGGCACCGAGCAAGGAAGAAAUGCUGUCCUGGAUCCUUAGGAUCAACCUGGUGGCUGCCAUCUUCUCAGCCCCGUCCUUCCCCGCGGCUGUCAGCUCCAUGAAGAAGUUCUGUCGGCCCCUGCUGCCCUCCUGCACCACUCGCCUCUGCCAGGAGGAGCAGCUGCGUUCUCAUGAGAACAAGUUGAGGCAGGUGACUGCGGAGCUGGCUGAGCACAGGUGUCACCCUGUCGAGAGGGGCGUCAAGUCCAAGGAGGCCGAGGAGAACCGGCUGAAGGAGCACUAUCUCACUUUUGAGAAAAGCCGUUAUGAGACCUAUAUCCACCUCUUGGCUGUGAAAAUCAAAGUGGGCUCAGAUGACCUGGAGCGGAUUGAGGCCCGGCUGGCCACCUUGGAAGGGGAUGACCCUUCUCUCCGCAAGACACACUCAAGCCCGGCCCUCAGUCAGGGCCAUGGGACUGUGACUGGCAGCAAAGCCAUGAAGGAUACCGCCGGGCCUGAUACUUAG